UCCAUAUUGUAUUCAUUAUCUAACCUUCGUCUUGUACUUAAAUUUUCUAUAAUUCUUUGAUAAUUCACAAAAUUUCCCAUCUAAACCUAAAAUUAAUUCGCUAUUACUAUUUAAUAAAAUGAUACCUAUUAUCAAACAUCUUAAUAAAAUUUUGUAUUCAUUCUCAAACAAUACUUUAAAUUUUCUGUUAAAAUUAAUCUCAUUCUUUGUAACGAAUUCUUCAUGUCUUAUCUUCCACAUUACUAAAUAUUCAAUCGAUUUUUUCCCAUUUUCCUUAACUUUACUUUUUAGUUUCAUAACCUCUAUCAUUAAAAAAUUUACCUUCCUCCUAAAACUAAAAUCGUCUUUCUCUAAAAUACUAUUCUUUAAAAUUCUAUCAGAUUUUUAUUUGUAUUAACCAAAUUAUCUAUCAUCUCAAUUCUUGUAUUAAAUCUUUAUUCUUUUUAUUCUUCUCUUAAAUAUUUUUCCACCAGAUCAUUUAUUUUUAAUAUUUCG